AAGCACAAAAGUCCGCCAUGCAUCACGUGAAGAAGAUGCUUAAAAAGCUCCAUGCUUCUUCAAGGAACUCGGUCCCUUCUAAUAGUGGAGAUGCAGCUGAAUCCAUUUCAACCAAGAAGAUACUCCGCAAGGUCAUUCGUAUGUUCCACAAAAAAAUCCAUCCUGAAACCACUAUAGCUGCAAGAGAUUUUGCUGAUUCCCACACAAAUAAGGUCAAUAAUGCUCCCAACCGCUGCUACAACAAUAAAGAGCAUAUGUACCCAGGUGCAGACAACAAUGGCUUUACUCUAGGGUCCAUGUCAAAGAUGGGGAUCCCAUGUCAUAAGUCCAACUUGAAACCACCUCAAGACAGGCUGCACGGCAGUAAUUUAAGUGCAAAAGAGCAUUGGAUCAAGACAGAUGCAGAAUACUUGGUGUUGGAGCUUUAGUGACUGGAUUUGAAAUAAGAUAAACAUGCCGUCAUCCUCGUAAGUAAGAACGUAAAUGCAGUGUUUGAUUAUACAUAUUGUUAUGUUGUGAGUGAUAAAGCAAUGAGGACUCAAAAGAAAGUCAAGGGUCAAGAAGGCAUGUCUUAUCUUCCUCAGUGUGUUAAUAAAGCUGUGACUAUUUUCAUGUAAGCCUCCUAAUAAUGGUAGUUUGGGUAACUUGAUUACCCAAAGUAUUAUCUGUAUUAUUAAGAAAAUCCCAGGAUUUAAGCAAGAAGACCCUUCCCAUAUCAUUGCCUA